AUGGGAGCUUUCAAUAAUUGCGACACCGUUUCAAUACACGAGGUCUCAAGAAAACCCGGUCGGCGUCGCUUCAGUCUCUCCCACCAAAAUAUCGACCCGCCCAAGGUGAGGAAGAUCAUCUCUAACAGGUCGUCGCCCUCAUUCUCUCUCUCCGUGUGUCUACAUGUUGUAUCUCACCACACCUUUAGUCACAAACGACUGUCAAUUCUCUGCGAGUUGAUUCUGGCCUCAGAUUUUAGAACUACAUUGCCAGAGAACAGUUUGAAAGAAAUCGAAGGUGGAGUAAUAUUGGAAAGUCAGGCUGCCCUUGUUGCUAGCAGGAAGUCCUUGACCAAACGGAAAGUUGUGUUGAACAUCACACAUGAAAUCCUUGAAAGAUGGGAGGCACGUUUGAGGGCAGCUGGCCAGCUCACUGUGUGUAGAAUUUGUUUAUAUGUUAUGGUUGCAGUUUCCUUCACUUUAAUUGUCUCACUGUAGUCAUUUUUACGUUACUAAAAACACAAGGGGAACCAGUGCAGGGAAGGUGGCCAAGCGAGUACUGAGCCAAACAUCAUUAUCAGGCUCUCUCUCUCUCUCUCUCUCUCUCUCUCUCUCUCUCUCUCUCUCUCUCUCUCUCUCUCUCAACGGUUUGAGAUUAGCCAGUGGAUCAACAUUUUGCUUGUUGGAUAAAGAAGUUGAAGUCGGUUUUGUUGUCAUUAUUAGUACAUGGGAACAUUUUAAGCUCCAUCCGUUAAAAACGCUGUCAUAUGAGACAUGCCAACGUUUUUCAAAUGUAGGUUGUUGAACACUUCACUCGAUGAUCUGAUCAAUCACAUACGAGGAAGAGUGCUAAGCCCAAUAUUGUCAUGUCGGGGCAAAAACCCUGUAAAAUUGAACUCAUGGUUUUUUAGUGUUGUGACCGUGUGAGGGAGGCUAAAUUUGGAGUGAUGAUAGUUGGAUUCAAUUCUCAAACAAUUGAAUUCAAGCAGCUAAUAUUAGGAACUUUCCGCCUAUUGGCCUUGUCAACCAAGCUAUACAUGUUAUAUUGUUAUCGUUAAGUGUUGAAGUAGGUCUUCUCUUUAAUAAGAACUGCCUUAACCCUUUCAUGUUUAUACAUGCAGGGACCCACUAUAAGGUUGGUUUUUUGCAAACGCGAUGGGAGAGUAGCUGGAGAUUAGAUUACUAUGCUGUAGUUAUAUGUGUACCCAAAAAGUUGCUUUAUAAGUUUGUUCAACAACUUAAGAACAGUGAAAUAUUUUUCUUUCUUUACUACACCAUAUUCAUUUGUCUGACCCAGAUUUGUGCGAUUCUUUGUCAAAUGAUGUACUACAUGAAGUUCAUAAGGCA